AUCCUCAGUGACAAAACAUCAUGUAUUCCAUAGCCAACAGGACAGUGGAUUCAAGAGGUAUAAAUGAUUCGUUAGAAAAUGAAAGUUUUGACAGUUCAAUUACUGCAAUAACUCUUGUUGAACGAUUUGCGAUGCCGGUCAUAUGUAUAUUGGGACUUAUCGGAAAUACUUUGUCAUUCAUAGUUUUCCUUCACAAGUCAUUGCGUCAGAAAUCCUGCAGUCUUUAUCUAGCAGCACGAAGCCUAAGCGACAAUGGAUUUAUUCUGAUACUUCUUGUUGUUUGGAUUUCCACAGUGCUUGACCUUCGACUAAGUAAAGUUAUGGGAAUUUGUCAGUCUAUAAUAUUUUUGACUUACGUAUUCGGAUGUGUAUCUGUUUGGCUGGUGGUAUUCGUUACUUUUGAAAAUUACAUAAGGAUAUGUAAACCAUACAGAGUUAAAAACUUUUGCAAAACAUCGAACGCUAAAUAUGCUGUAAUAUUCUUAUCUGUGUGUGUUCUGUGUUGUUAUAACUUUCCAUUGUGGACAAUGAAUAAGGAAUGUCUCCCUAAUGAAAAACAUUACGGUUUUAUUAAAGUUAUGGUAUACACAGAUAGUUUACUAACACUAGUUUUUCCAACACUGAUAAUGUCAGGCUUAAUGACACAUAUUGCAAUAACGUCAAUUACGUCGUGUAAAUUUCGACGGAGAUUAAGUUCUACGUCGGUACAGAAGAAAAGAACAAGUCCCAUGACCAAAGUAACUUCAAUGCUUCUUGCAGUGACGCUCAUAUUCUUUAUUCUGAAUAUGCCGUCACAUGUUGUACGCUUACGACUUAUGAUACUUGCAUUUACUGAAAACAAAAGAGACAUAACUGAAUCUUUAGAUGUGACAUUGCAAUCAGUUUCCCAACUGAUAUAUUAUCUGUCGUUGGCUGUAAAUAUUUUUGUUUAUUAUUGUUUCGGGAAUACAUUCCGAAAGGUUUUCUUCAAACGUUUUCACUGGAAGACCAGACAUACCUAUGUUCUGACAGACAGCAGUGUUUUGUCAGUUCAGACACGUCUAAAAAACAGAAAAAAUAAAAAGAAGUUUCGAAAAAUUCCUGCUCAAUGUCAUAUUCAGUUAAAUAAUUCUGCUGACGCAGAAGACGUACCUAAAGUUGUACAUUUGCAGUAA